AUGCGCAGACUGAAAGGAUGUUGGCGAGCAGGUGCGGCAGGGCAGGACGAUCGAGACUUCAAGGAGGUUCGCUUUGCGGACUCCCUGGGUCGGGACAGCUUUCGAGCCCCUUCCGACUUUGACGCGGAGUCGCCCAGCGAGACACCAAAGGAUGGUCAGGACUUCUUCGGAGAGGAUCCGAGGGAGGAGAAACGAGAGCCGGAGGAAGAGGAGGAGGGGAAGAGGGAGGAGAGAGAGGAGAGGAAGGAGAAGGAGGAGGAGGCGCUGCAGUGGGCAAGCUCUCAGCACGGCUACAAGAUGCUUAGCGCUGUUGACCGCCUAACGACCCCCCCCAUCAUCCCUCCUAGCCAGCAGGGUGAACCGUAUCAAGAUGGCAGAGAGGCUGCGGCGCAAGCACAGGAGGAGGCGUACGGCAUUUCACCGCAAGGGGAAGAUGACGAGGAGGAGGAGGAGGAUCUGGAGCUCAUCUAUGACCCCAUCCUGAACUGCUACUGGGACCCUCAGAACAACAAGUACUACGAGCUGAGAAACCCAUAG